GCCAAUGCUGCGUAUACGACAAACGCGACAAUCUCACACGUGCCUGAGGUCAGGAUUUAAGCAUAGAAUCGCAGCGCUGCAACGUCGCAAUCGCUGCGGCUAAACUCGCAUCGCUGCGGUAGAUCUGCUAUAUCUGCCAGUCUCCAGCGUAGGCCUCAAAGCUCAGUGAACGCACCGAAGCGCUGGACGAAUCACAGAAGAACAAGCGCACAAAUGAAGCAACGCCGCAGACGCACGAGUUGUGCUACCGCGAAGCUCGUCGCCGCCGUCGCCGUCGCCCUCUACGUCUACGUCAUCAUCAGACUCCACCCACACACUCCGCGCCACUACGACGGGCCGCAGCUCGGCGAGACGGGCGACGGCUUCGACGCCACGGGCGAAACUGAUGACGACGCCGACGCCAUCCACCUCGUCUUCUCGACGGACUGCGGGGGCUACCAGCACUGGCAGGCCAUUUCGAGCUGGUACGCGUCGCUGGCGGCGGGCCACCGCGGGCCCGUCACGAGGAUCGCGAGCGGCUGCUCCGCCGAGCAGGCGGCGAAAAUCCGGGCGGAGUUCGCGCGCAUCGACAAGACGGGCCGCCUCCGCCUCCAUGCGGCACCGUCCACAGCAAUCGGCGGCUACAAGUACAGCAACAAGCCCGGCGGCCUCGUGCACUUUUUGCAGCACGCGCCCGUCGACGCUAGGUUCGUGGCCCUCGUGGAUCCCGACAUGCUCAUGAUCAAGCCGCUGACGUUGGAUGUGGGGCGGGGGACGCGGCGGCCGCGCGGCACGAAGCUGACGGAAUACGUCGUCGACGGCGUCGCGGCGGCGCUGAGCGUCUUUGGGGAUUUGCCGGGGCAUGUGGCCCACGGCGCGCCCGCGGGCCAGCACUUCGGCGUCGGCGGCGCGUGGCAGCGUGCGGGCCCCGGCGCGCGGCCGGCCUGGGCGGGCUUCAGCAAGGCCGCCGUCUGUGGCGCGGGCGCGCCGUGCACGCCUGUGUGGAAAUCAACCAGUGAGUUAGGUUACGGGGACAACGUCGCGUCGAUGGCGUGGGGCGUCCGAAAGUUGAUCUCCACACAGGUGCACGCGGACGACGGCGAAGGAGGCCGACGAGAAAUUUGCCGUGGGACCGGUUUAUAUUGCUCACGUCGACGACUGGAAAAAUCUAGCGCCGGCGUGGUGGGCGGCCAUGCCUAGAGUUCAUGAGCAGUACCCGCAUCUCCUCGCCGAAAUGUAUGCGUUAACGAUGAGCGCCGCAAACAUGACGACACCGUGGUCGCAGCUGUCGUCAUAUAUGGUGAGUGACCCUCGGACCAUGUCUCCGACCGAGGCCUGGGCGUGGAUCGACGAUUUAGCGACGCGCGAGGGGCCGGGAGCCGUCUGCGCCGGCGCCACGGCGACGACGCUGCCCGCCGCGACGCGCGACCGGUCGCGCGUCGCGCUGCCAGUGUUCCUGCACUUUUGCCAAAGAUACGAGCUCGCGGGGUAUUUCUUCGCCAAGAGGCGGCUUGACCACGGCUUCUUUGGGUGUGGGAGUGAACCACUCCGAUUUGAUGCUGACGCGAUCAUCGGCGGCCUCGGGGGCUCCCCGUCGACCACUGCGGUUCGAACGGCCUUUAUGCUCUGCCACAUCAUCCCGAUGAUGAAUUCAUUUCUAGCCUCGUACAAACGGGACGCCUGUGAUUAA